AUGCCCGACUAUGGCAAAGUCACAGACAAGCGACGCACCUCGUACUUUGCCUCGGCCAAGCAGUGGCUGCAGCUGAAGAAGUACCAAUACGAAGUCACCUUUUCGCUGUACAUGCUGACUCCGACGGAAAAAUUCAUCUUCAACUUUAUCCUCUUCCUUCUCGUCUCCCUCCUCGUGACGGCCGCGACACUCUACCUCCCGAGUCACAUUGGCGUCAUUUACAAUCGCAUGUCGUAUUACGUCCACGGCGAAUACGCGUACCACACUGCAGCCAGUCCUGCGGGAGAAGCCAUUCCGUCAGUUGCGAGGGAAGGUCUGAAAAUCACGUCUGAGGCAAUAAGGUCGGGGGCAACACCCAUGUCGCAGGCAGUAAAAGAACUUUGA